AUGAAGACGACGAAUUUAGUUAUUUAUUUAUUUGUUAUUGUCUUUGUAAAUAUACAAACUGUAAGAACAAUUUUACAUAUACCUGUUGGUUUAUUAUUCGAUGGAUAUUAUCGAGAUUUUUAUUCUCGUAUCAAUCCAUUAGCUCGUCAAUAUGUACUUAAUAAACUUGAACGACGUUUUCAAUAUAAUGUAACUGAACUUCUUAAUACACAUCAUUUUGACAAUUCAGAUACUGAUACAUGGUCAACAUUAUGUACACAAUUAUCAUAUGGCGUUAUGUCAAUAAUUGGUUACGUUAAUCAUGAAGAUUAUGAUUGGUUAUCAGGUUUUUGUUCAAUUUAUCAAGUACCAUUUCUUGGUUUAAAUAAUCAUAUAAAUAUUGAAAAUAAUUUUUAUCUUUCAUUAAUGCCCGAUGUUUUACCAGCAUUAGUAGCAUUUAUACGUCGUUAUCAUAUAAAUCAAAUUGUCUAUAUCUAUGAUGAUACAAUUGGUGCAUAUCGAUUAAAAAAUUUAAUAGAAAUGCAAACAACAAAUACAUUACAAAAUUUAAAUAUCAUAAGUCGUUAUUUAGGAAAUCCCGAAGAUUCAUAUGAUUUAUUACAAAAUGUUGAAAUAGCAACACAAACAGUAUUACGUACAUCAUCAUUUACAAGUUCAAGUUCAAUUCUUCCCGGACGUUAUAUUGUUUUAGAUUUUCAUUCAUUUGAAACAUAUAGAAUAGUUAUGGAUAAAAUCAAACAUCGUGGUAUGACAACUGCUGAUUAUCAUUAUAUUAUACUAUCAUUAAAUGCGAAACAAUUAGAUAUGACUUAUUUUCGUUAUGGUGGUGUUAACGUUACAUUUUUUUCUUUACCAUCCGAUUCAAUUAAUAAUGAUAGUCAAACAUUAUCAUUCUAUGAAAACUAUAUAAAUUCAGUCGAAAAUUUAAAUCCAAAAAUCUUUCCAACGGUUGAAUCAUUAUUAAUUGUUGAUGCAUGGGAAACAUUAUUACGUACAAUAAAUCGUAUGUUAAGUUCAGCUAAUGAAACACGUGAUAAAUUAAAAGUAUUUCGACAAGGAAAAUUUUAUAAUGGUCUAACACCUGGUAUUGAUUGUCGAAAUAAUCAUAUACAAGCAUGGUCAGCUGGAAAAAUUUAUUUAGAUAAUUUAUUAAAUACAAAUUUUGAUGGUUUAACAGGCAAUGUACAAUUUUCUAAUAGUGGACAAAGAAUAAAUUAUACAUUUGAUGUACAUCGUGUUACAAGAAAUGAUAUGCCAAAACAUAUUGGAUUUUUUCGAGCACCAAGUACACUUGAGAUUGCUGAUGAUUCAUCAAAUCGUUUUCGUUCAUCUUAUGAUAAUCGAACACGUUUAAUUGUAACUAUAUUUGAUGAACCAUUCAUGAUGUUAAAAAAGACUCGUAAUGAGUCAGUAAAUGAAAAAAGUAUUCCACGUGGUACUAUACUUGAUCCAUCAGCUGUUGAAGGUUUUUGUGUUGAUUUAGCUGAAGCAAUAUGUAAUGAUAAAUUAAAAAUUCCAUAUAAAUUUCUUAUUGAAACAAAAUAUGGGAAUGAAAUUGAAAAAGGUGUUUGGGACGGAAUGAUUGGUGCAUUAGUUAAUCGUGCUGCUGACUUAUCAAUAGCAUCAUUAACAAUCAAUGGUGCACGAGAAAAAGCGGUGGAUUUUUCUAAACCAUUUAUUGAUUUAGGUAUAUCAAUAAUGAUACGUAAACCUGAAAAACAAAAACCUGGUGUAUUUUCAUUUAUGGCACCAUUAUCAAAAGAAAUUUGGAUUUGUGUUAUUGUUUCCUAUUUACUUGUUAGUGCUAUUCUAUUUUUUGUUAGUCGAACUUCAUCUUAUGAAUGGUAUUUUGAAAAUGAAUCAGAUGAUGUACCACGAAAUAAGUUCUCCAUGCAAAAUGCAUUAUUUUUUGCAUUUGCAGCUUUUAUGCAUCAAGGUGUUGAUCUUUUACCAAGAUCAUUUUCAGGUCGAGUGGUAACUAGUGCAUGGUGGUUUUUUAGUUUAAUUCUUGUUUCAUCUUAUACAGCUAAUCUUGCUGCUUUUUUAACCGUUGAAAAGUUAGUUACACCAAUUGAAAGUGUUGAAGAUCUUGCUAAACAAACAGAAAUUCGUUAUGGAACAUUAAAAGGUGGUUCAACAAUGGCAUUUUUUAAUAAAUCAACAUUAACAACAUUUAAACGUAUGUGGGAUUUUAUGCAACAACAUAAAGAUGAUGUUUUUGUUUCAUCAAAUCGUGAAGGAAUUGAAAAAGUUCGACAAUCAAAAGGUAAAUUUGCUUUUCUUCUUGAAUCAACAUUAAACGAAUAUGUUAAUGAACGUUUACAAUGUAAUACAAUGCGUGUUGGUGAAAAUAUUGAUGCAAAAGGUUAUGGAAUAGGAACACCACUUGGUUCAGAUUUACGUGAAGCAAUAAAUAUAGCUGUAUUAGAAUUAACGGAAAGCGGAUUUCUUGAACGUUUAAAACAAAAAUGGUAUUAUGAAAGAAGUGAAUGUACAAAUAUUAAUAAUAAAGAUUCGAAACAAAGUACAGAACUUAAUUUAGCUAAUGUUGCUGGAAUGUUUUAUGUUUUAAUUGUUGGUCUUGGUGCAGCUAUGGUUAUUGCAUUCUUAGAAUUUUUACUUAAAGCUAAACUUGAUUCAACACGAUUAAAUCAAAAUAUACGUGAUGUAAUGCGUAGAAAUUUAAGAAUAUCAAUAACAGGUAUUGAUUUUGAUGAAAAACAACAAACACUUGAUUAUUGGCCAUUACAACAAGCACAACAAUCGCCACAACCAAAUAUUCAUCAUCAAACAAAAGAACGUACAGCAACAAUAAAUAGCACAUUUGAUACAUUAAAAUAUGGAGAAUCAAAUGGUUAUAAUGAACAAACAGAUGUUAUUUUUCGUGGUUCUAAGCGCGAUCAUAUAUCUCAUGUAUAA